AUGAAUCGGUCGCCUGUGAAUAGUCGCUAUUUCUUUCGUAUACACUGGCGCUACUGGCUUAUGCUGGGCUGCGUUCGUCAGCCGGUGCUACGCUAUCAGCUACUCUAUUCCUUGUACAGUAUCUGCAUCAAUCUAAUCAUCAUUGUGCUCUAUCCAGGCAUUGUAUUUCUUUCGCUUUUCAACAGCACCAACUUAACCGAUAUACUUCAAGUGCUGCCCCUUUGCGCCGGUGCAUUCACCGCAAGUUUCAAAUACAUAAGCUACUACAAAAAGCUUGGAUUGGUGCGGGAGUUAGAACAAGUUUUAAGUAAUUUGGAUGCGCGCAUACAGCUCGCUGAAGAUCGCAAGUACUUCGCGGACAUUCAACGACGCACCGACUUCAUCAUGAAUGCAUCACGUGGCAUGUGCACGUUUUUCUUCGCAGUUACAUUAAUUUCGUUCGCAGCGUCAAUUGGUGAGCGUCGUUUGGCCUUUGAAAUCGCAUUGCCUUUCUUCGAUUACCGCGCAUCGACCACAGCCUAUAUUGCGGCGGUGGGUAUUGAACUGGGGCUACUAGUAUUUGAUCUGUUGCAGGCUUUAGUGAAUGACACAUUUCCGGCGGUUGCUUUAUGUGUGCUAUCGGAUCAUACGCAUUUGUUGGGCGAACGGCUGGCUAGAAUUGGACACAGCAGUGAAGAUGUACGGGCGAAUAUCGCAGAAUUGCAGCGCUGUAUUAUUGAUCAUCAAUACCUGUAUAGGUAG